AUGCGACGGCCCUUUCUUUGGGGCACUCUGCUUCUGCAGGUCAUAUCCGUGACCUGUGCCGAUCCACAGCACAGCGAUGUACGAGAAAAAGGAGCCGCGAAGGAUGCCGGGGUCCGGGACCACGUGACGCCGGAAGAUAUCCUUCUCAGAGCGCCGACCGACAACGGCCGGGAAAGUGGACGUGACCUCGUCGACGCUGCCCUCGUGAAACUGACGACGAUACCAUCCCAACCACACUACCGAAAACGAAAACAAAAUGGGUACCUCUCACUAGCCUUUCGCUUUAUCCUAAAGGCAAUGCCCAGCUUUUCCAUGCGAGGUCCGCCACCACUACAGCAGCAAGAUACCUCGUCGCAAGCAGCCCCGAUAGCCCUAAUCGAGGCCGUGCAGUUGCUCGAAGAGUCGGCUCGCGAGGACAAUCCGGAUGCACUGUACCUCCUGGCCGAAAUGAACUACUACGGAAACUAUUCGCAUCCGAGAAACUUUCCGGCUGCCUUCGACUACUACCGCCGGCUCGCAGACACGCAUGGAAACAGCUCGGCACUGUACAUGGUCGGACUGAUGUACUCGACUGGCAUUGGCAACGCAGUUGAGCGAGAUCAGGCCCGGGCCCUGCUAUACUACACAUUCGCUGCGCUGCACGGCCACACCCGGGCUGAAAUGACCGUGGCUGCGCGGCAUCAUGCCGGCAUCGGGACCCCUCGGAGCUGUGAGCAAGCACUGCAGUAUUACAAACGCGUGGCGGAUAAGGCCAUUGCAUGGUACCGCUCGGGGCCCCCAGGCGGUAUGGGCUGGGUCCAGCAGCCGUAUCGUAUAGCAGACGAAUUUGGAGGCGUCUACGGCGUAGGGGCCAGCGUCGUCAGCUCAGGAAUCCAUGCCCCCCGUGCCCAGCCGCACUCUGACGCCUACGCCUCGAUCGACGAUAUCAUCGAGUACCUAGAUCUCAUGGCACAGAAGGGAGACUUCAAAGCCGCCCUGAACGUAGGACGGAUUUACUACGAGGGCCAGCGGAUGCUUGAGCGCGAUAUGCAGAUGGCACGGAAGUACUUUUAUAUGGUGGUGAGCAAGUACUGGAAGAAAGACGGCAGCAUCGUGGAUAGUCCGAAGCCGUCUCUGGAUAAAACGGCUGCCAGUGCAGCGGGGUUUCUCGGCCGCAUCUACCUGCGCGGAGAUGGCGUCGAGCAGAACUUUGAACGGGCCAAGUUUUGGCUCGACCGCGGAAUCGCCUUUGCUGACCCCCAGUCCCAAUACCUGAUGGGCCUGAUGUUGCUGCACGGUUACGGCGGCACUACCAAUGUCGAUAGGGCUUCAAAGCUUUUCCGGUCAGCAGCUGAGCAGAACUAUACGCCAGCCCAGGUGGAGCUGGGCGUGCUCUAUCUAGACCAGGGACAGGCCGAAGAUCUUCGAAUAGCAAACGACUACUUUGAGCUGGCGGCUCGGUACGGAAACAUGCAGGCAUAUUACUACCUGGCCGAGAUGAUCCACCAUGGGGUAGGCCGUGAUAAGGCAUGUGGACCGGCUCUGAGCUAUUACAAAAGUGUCGCCGAGAAGGCGGAUCCGUUGGUGUCGUCCUGGACAGAGGCAAACCAGGCGUACGAAGAUGGAAACUACGAACUGGCUCUGCUCGAGUAUCUUGGAGCAGCCGAGCAGGGCUAUGAGAUGGCCCAGAACAACAUCGGUUAUCUGCUAGACCCGCAGCAGUCCAAUCUAAAGCUUCCGUCGAUUCUCUCUCGCCAGAUGGUCAAGAAGGGCCUGCUGGAUGAACCGGCACUGGGCCUGAUCCACUACACAAGAUCCUCCCGACAGCACAAUGUGGAUUCGCUUGUCAAGAUGGGCGACUUUUACCUGUAUGGCAUCGGCACGAAGAAAGACGUUGAUAAAGCGGUGCAAUGCUAUCUGGGUGCAGCCGAGUACCACCAGAGCGCACAGGCGCUGUACAACUUGGGGUGGAUGCACGAGAAUGGUGUCGGCCUCGACCAGGACUAUCAUUUGGCGAAGCGCUUUUACGACUAUGCGUUGGAGACCAACGAAGAGGCAUACCUGCCGGUGUCGCUGACCUUGUUGAGACUGCGCCUCCGAAGUGCCUGGAAUACAUUGACGCAUGGCCAGAUCAAUUCUAUCCAGGAUGAGCCUGCACGAAAAUGGUCGUUCAGUGAGUGGAUCGAGACCUUUACUAGCAGCGCCGGAUACCAUGAUGUAGAAUACUACGACGAGUACGACGACACGUAUUUGGACGACGAAGGCAGAUUUGAAGAUCUCCCCGAGUUAGGUUUGGUUGAGCCUGUCAUAAUCAUCGGCGUGGUCAUGGCCAUUGUGUUUCUACUGUACUAUAGGCAACAGAGACGGAUUGCCAUCAGACAGGAAGAGGAGGCACGGCAACGACAGCAGCAGGGCCUGGCGCAACAUCUGCAAGGCUUCCAACCAGCUGCAGACAGGGGCUUCUUCCCGCCACCGGGCCCCGACCAAGCCGCCUGGUUAGCAGGCGGCGUAGGGCAUUGA